AUGUCAUUCUUCAACAAACCAAACCAUAUAGUGGAUGGAAUCUAUCAUGAAAAGCAGGUGCGGGAGCUGUGCGCACUGCACGCUCUCAACAACGUGCUGCAGGACCGUCAGUUCACGGAGAGACAGCUGGAUGCCAUCUGUGACCAGCUGGCCCCAGGUGCCUGGCUCAACCCCACCGCUCCAUCCUCCUCGGCACCGGCAACUUCGACGUCAAUGUUGAUGACGGCACUGCAGCAGAAGGGCUGGGACGCUCGCUGGUUCGACCGCCGCAGCGAGCCGGCUGUGUACUACAACUUGGACUCCAGCUGCCGGCGCCACAGAGCAUUGGAUCGGCUAUGA